CAUAGAAAACAAGGGGGUGUGCUUGGAGCAGCGCAUGCGCCCCGCAGAAAAUCACGGGCGUCGAUCCUCACACCGCAGCGAUUGCAGUUCUUACAUGUCAGAUAGGAAGGAGUGAGAGGGGUACGAGAGACGGGGGCCCAGCACUCACAGCCCGGUGUAACAGUGAUGGAGACCCGAUCUGUGGAGGAAAAAGAGAUGUAGGCUUACUACAAACACUCUUUCCUUUCUAAAUCUGCAGAUGCAACCUGUCUCAUCCACCUCCGUCCCAGUAAUCCCCUUUUCUUGUUGCAGCGUUUCCUCCAAGGACUACAAUGACAACCUGGUGAAUGCUAACGAGAUGGAGUAAAAAAAGAACGUCCAGCACAUUGCAGGAUGCGCACUAGGAGGAAGAAGGUAGAGCAACCUGGGUGUCUUUCUGCUGUCUCAUGUCAGAGGUUUUCCGCGGUGCUGUGGAUUGAUCGUCUCGGUGUCGGUGUAUAAUGGAGAGCUCCAAUGGCUCUGGCAGCGACACCAAACCGCAGAACCACCAGUUGGAGAAGAAGAGACUGAACCGAGCGCCUUCCCCGGCCAGACCUUUCCUCAAGGAUGUGCACUCCCGCUCCCCCAAACCACCUGCCAUCGUACCCAAAUCCCCCAAACUCAGCAAGCAGUCCGCCUCGCUGCCCUUGGUGCAUCCGAACCGCAUCUCCAGACGCAGCCCGUCCGGGGCGAAGGAGAAACCAGCCCCGCAGAAAAGUAACACCAGGUCUCCUGUGGCGAGAAAGCCCUCAAAGGUGUCCCAGCAUGCGGCAGCCGAGCCCAAACCCGCCAGCAUCAAACCGGACAGUACCAGCGGCAGUCCGGUCCUCUCUAAAGGGAAGAGGGGGAAACUAGCCUCCUCUCCGGGGCCUCUAAGCCAUGGAUCUCCAAUCCGGGUACCGACCGGUGCACAUUUGGUUCUGGUCAGCCAGACGGAUAGCAGCUCGGACCUGUCGGACUGCCCCUCCGAGCCGCUGUCCGACGAGCAGAGGCAGGCAGCGGCCGCUAGUAGCGACGCUGAGUCCGGGACCGGCUCCAGUGACCGGGAUCAGCUGGGAGGGGAUAAUCCGCUGCGGGAAGAGGCGACCGAAGCUCCACCGCGCACAAUCGAGGCUUCCGCCGCCAAGGGAAGCAUGUCUCAGGCUCAGCACGGAGAGAAACACCGGCAGGAGAAACCCUCCUCAUCUUCAUCAGCCGCACAACUCAGACUGCCAGCCGCCAAGGAUGUUGCCGAGGAGGACCUGCUGCGGGAGGUGGAGGACCUGCGAUCCGAAAACGACUACCUCAAGGAUGAAAUGGACGAGCUGCGGGCGGAGAUGGAGGAGGUGCGGGACAGCUACCUGGAGGAGGAGGUGUACCAGCUGCAGGAGCUGCGCCGGGACCUGGACCGCUCCAACAAGAACUGCCGCAUCCUGCAGUACCGGCUGAGGAAGGCGGAGCAGAAGAGCCUGCGGGUCGCUCAGACCGGACACGUGGACGGAGAGCUGCUGCGGAGCCUGGAGCAGGACCUGAAGGUGGCCAAAGAUGUGUCGGUGCGUUUGCACAACGAGCUGGAGAGCGUGGAGGACAAACGCAGCCGAGCCGAGGAUGAGAACGAGCUGCUCCGGCAGAAAAUCAUCGAGGUGGAGAUCGCUAAACAGGCGCUGCAAAACGAGUUCGAGAGGACCAAAGAGACUGCGCCAAGGAGAAGAGGAAGCAGGGAAACAUUUAAAGACAAGAAAUCCUCAAGUCAGGAGGACAGUGCAGACCUCAGGUGCCAGCUCCAGUUUUCCAAAGAGGAGUCGAGUCUGAUGAGGAAGAAGAUGGCGAAGCUGGGCCGAGAGAAGGACGAGCUGGAGCAGGAGCUGCAGAAGUACAAGUCGGUCUACGGGGACGUGGACAGUCCUCUCCCCUUGGCCGAGUGCUCCGGCGGCGGGCCUCACACGACCCGAGAGGCCGAGCUGAGACUCCGCCUCAAGCUGGUGGAGGAGGAGGCCAACAUCCUGGGCAGGAAGAUCGUGGAGCUGGAGGUGGAGAACCGGAGCCUUCGGGCGGAAAACGAAGACAUCCGCUGUCAGUACGAGAGAGACUGCUUUGGGCGGGAACCCUUCUCCAGCAUGCCCUCGUCUCCGUACGGUGGUGACGCGCUGGAUUCGGCGAGUGAGCUCCGUCGGCAUCUACAGUUCGUGGAGGAGGAGGCGGAGCUUCUGCGGCGCUCCAUCUCAGAGAUCGAAGACAACAACCGGCAGCUGACGUCCGAACUCAACCGAUUCAAGUUCGGGCCCACCAGCAGCAGCGGCUCUGUGGGCGAGGAGGCCAGCGAGGGAGGAUUAUUCAAACCUGGGAAUGGCGGGAAUGGUAGCAGCGGGAUUAUGAUGGAGGAGCUUAAAUCGGCCAGGAUGCAGAUCAACGAGCUGAGUGGGAAGGUGAUGAAGCUGCAGUACGAGAACCGAGUGCUCAUCUCCAACGUGCAGCGCUGCGACCUGGCCGCUCACCUGGGUCUGCGCACCGGCAGCCCCCGAGACAGCGACGCAGACAGUGAUGCAGGCCAGAGAGAAGCUGCAGAGGAAGAGGAGGCAGGGCGACUUCUCCUCCUGCAACCCAAACGGGAAGGCCCUAUUGGCGGGGAGAGUGACUCCGAAGACCUGUUUGAGAAAACGGGCACCACCUCAGGGUUCGGGAGCAUCAAACCCUCGGAUGGAAGCGAGCUCAGCGCCGUAGAGAGGGCGAACCGCAGGAGGGAGGAACGGGAGUCGUUCACCAACGUGAAGCGUGAGGCGGAGAGGCUCGGGAAGACGGUGGAUCGACUGAUCACGGACACCGACAGUCUGAUCUUUGAGGGCCAUUUGCUGGUGACGACCGGAGAAAGUCUGGAAGCAGCAGCGGCGGCGGCGUCCGGAUCCAAACCAGACACCCAGGUCCUGGACACCAUCAACACUCGCAUGAAGGCUUUCCGCACGGAGCUGCACAUCUUCACGGAGAAGCUGGACCACGUGGGGGAGGGGCUGAGGGACCGGACAGACGAUCUGUCCCCCAUGCCGAACCUCACAGAGUCCAGCAGCUUCCUGUCCACCGUCACCUCCAUGUCUCGGGACUCUCCCAUCGGCACCUUCGGAAGAGACCUGGUGACGGACUUCCAGUCCGGUCAGAGGGAUGAGCUGGAGUGGCGUCUAGGACAGGAGCGAGGCGUGGAGUCCCAGAGCCAGAGACCCCCGGGACUCACUAGGUACCCCAGGCCCCUGGCUUUAAGAGCAGAGCUCCGGGACGCGCCUGCCUCUGACCUCACGUUUCGUCUGGAUCCUGAGCGCAGACUGAGAGGGCCGGAGGAUCGAGAGGCCGUCGCUGCUCUGCCUCAGCCGGAGGACGAUGCUCUGCGUCUGGAGGCGCAGCGCGGGGCUCUGGAGCUUCACGGCCUGCAGACCCACGACGUGCCGUGGCCUCAGGAGCGAGCCGUGCUGCAGCAGGAGGUCCGGCUCUUCAGACGCAACACCAUCAUCUUCUACAUGAAGCUCCGCAGCAUCCUCACCAGCUGGAGGCUCGGGCGCAAGGACGAGGGCGAGGAGGAGACCACACGUCAGGAGUUUGAGAAGUUGGAGGGCAUCCCAGAGCUGGGGGUGAUACUGGAGCAGGCGGAGGGGGGGGAGGAGCGAGACGACAGGCUGUGUUUACAACAAACUCCAGAGGACCCCCCCGACCCGGGACCCGUCUUCUCGCAGACGUCACCUGACCGACACCUGCCGCACCAGAGACAGUUCGGGGAGAACCGGCAGGUGCUGCAGGCGGUGCGCACGCUGCUGGAGGACGUGAGGGCGGAGCUGACGGAGGAGGAGGCGCGGCGCUGCCAGCUGCAGGCGACCUACGCCAACGACAAGGCCGCCUGGGAGGUCAAGUGGGCCGAGGUGAAGAGCCGCUGCGGACAGCCGGACGAGGAGGGCGAGGGCGAGGUGCGAGGAGAAGCUCAGGGAGAUGAAGGGGAGCCGGAUGAAGACCCCGAGCGGGAGAUGAAUCUGGAGCGGGACGAGCACCGGCGGCUGCUGGCCGACAGCCACAGCACGUCUCUGGACCUCAGCUGGAAGCUGCAGCACGGGGAGAAGAGAUGGAGCCGAGAGAGGGGCGAGCUGCUGGACCGCCACGACCAGGAGAGGCAGGAGUGGGAUGGCAGCAUGAGGGAGCUGCACCGCAAGAUGGAGAGGUUGCAGAGAGAGCUGAGCAGCCGGCGAGGCGAAGACUUCGACGUCAAAGAUGGCGGCUCGGACCCGAGAGGCGUGUUUUCUCCUCAGGAUAGUCCCUGCAUUGCCCCCCGCUCCCCUCGCUCCCCUCGCUCCCCCUCUACCUCCACCCCACCUCCUGCCCCCCCCAGACGCUCCCACUCUGACUCCGAAGCCAUGCUGGAGCAUCAGGGGGCCGUGCGGAGGCUGAAAGGCCCCACGGAGAACCUGCUCCUGGACGCUCUGUCUCUGGACCCCCUCAGCAGCCUGGAGGUCCCGCCCCCCUCCAGACUGAGCGAGAGCGACAAGAGGUUCCCCUGCAUGAAGGAGGCCCUGAAUGAGAUUUCGGAGAGAGACGAUGAUCUUGGGAGCCCGGAGGACGACAUGGCUGUGGGCAGUCUGCUCAGAGCCAAGUCAGUGUGCUCCAUGAGCGACUUCCAGCGGUUGAUGGACAGCUCGCCGUUUCUCCCCGACAAGACUCGCCACGAUGAUCUGGGCCAAGACGACGUGACCCCUCCUCUGUCUCCGGACGACCUCAAGUACAUCGAGGAGUUCAACAAUAAGGGCUGGGACUUCCCAUCAUCUGCGUCCGGCUCGAAUCCUGCCCUGGAGGAGUGGACAGACAAACCUCCAGCCUCCUGGUUUCUCACCACCAGCGCCACCCUGACCACCAGCGACCCCGAGCACUGCCUAAAGUCCCCGCUGAGGGGCACCGGGGGGGGGGCUGCAGGGCUGGGAGUGGAGCACUACGACGUGUUGCUCCACAGCCCCACCCGAGCGGGGGCAGCUGAAGACCCAGACUUCCUGUACGCCAAAGGGACCAAAGCCAGGGGCGGAGGGGAGGAAGGUGGGGCGGCCAGCGGGCCGGACGAGGUGUUCAGCGGGGGGAGGUGGACAUGUGGGCUCCUGGAGGGAGGGGGGUUGAGGACUUCUCCUAGUCAGCCUCCUAUCUGCCCCACUGUGGGCUACACUUCCUCUCUGGAGCUGCAGUUAUCGAGGAACAUGAGUGACGACAUGAAGGAGGUGGCGAUCUCCGUCAGGAACGCUAUCCGAUCCCCGCCCGGGCCCGUGGUGCGAGACACCGCCUGCCAGACCAAUGGACUCAGCACCCGAGCCACGCAGACCACCCAGACCAUCAGCGUGGGUCUGCAGACGGACCUUCUGAGGACCCUGACCAGCAGCCCUCACCGCUGCCUCACCCCUAAAGGAGGAGGCACGCCGAUCUCCUCGCCGUCGCGCAACACCAGGAAGAUCCAGUACUCUCCAGUGGUCCAGAGUAAGUUUGAGCGUCCGUGCUGCUCGCCAAAGUACGGCUCGCCAAAGCUCCAGAGGAAACCGUCCAUCACCAACAACAAGGCCGAUCUGCCCAGCAACAAAGCCCCGACCCCUACCACGCCGCAGAAGAGCAGCAACGAGUCUGCGUGGGCUCGCUCCACCACGACCCGCGACAGCCCCGUCCACACCACCAUCAACGACGGCCUCUCCAGCCUCUUCAACAUCAUCGACCACACACACGUUGCCUACGAGCCCAUGCCCAAGUUCAACAAAUCCCCCAGUCGCUCUCGCCCAAUCACAGAGUCCAGUCCAGUUCAGGGGGCCAUCGCAGUGGACCCCAGGAACGAGUGUUUACGGAUUGUCCGAGGUCGCUCUCCAAGCCCAGUGCAGCUGAUACUGGAGAACGUAGAGGGGGGGAGCAUACGGCAGGAUCUGUCCGCCCCGCCGGGAUACACGCUGGCUGAAAACACGGCCCGCAUCCUCAACAAGAAGCUGCAGGAGCAAGGACUCAGAGACGAGAGGAGGCUUCAGACGGGGGGGGCAGACGGCAGCAGGCAGGCGGACUCUGACAGAGGACAGUCCGGAUGUAUGGAGGACCUUCCUCGCUCUCCAGUGGCUCCUCCUCUGGACUCCUGCUUCCUGAGACCGGCCCGUCCAGCUAACCGCCGCCCCCCCUCCCGGUGGGCCGCCCGCUCCCCCUCCCCGAAGUGGAGCGAGGGCACCAAGAGGAGGUUCACCUUCCCGCCGCCGGGACACCGCAAACCCAUCCUGGAGGGCGAGGAGCCAGCGUGAGGCCGUGCUCGACCUCCUCUCCUCCACCGCAGCCUCAAAGACCCAGUACCUCAGAAACCCCCCCACCCCCCCCUCAACCCUACAGACUCCCCAGAGACGGAGCCUGAAGGGGGGGUAGGGAUCCACCCUGUAGCACCAGCUGACCAUCGAGGAACCAGAACUUCUUUUUUUUUAAGAAGAACCUGGAAUGUACUGUAAUAUCAUAAAAAAAAAGAUUUACAUUUUCCAUAAAAGGUGCCUGCACACUUGAGUUAAACAUCGCCCCACAUGUGUGUUCAUGUGUUUAAAACAUAUAUGUAUAUUUUAGUCACAAUUCUGACUUUUCCAGGUGAAAACUAGGUCAACCGAUGCAUUUGUAUGAAUUUUACGCAAAUGUGUUGCAUCUGUUUACAAAUGUUCCGGGUUUUUUUUUACGUUGUCCUGCAUCCAGUCAAUAUCGAUUUUCUUUUCAAUGAGAACACACCUUUUGUUUCUUGAUUUCCAGCCUUUAAAGCUUGACUUUCUGUUUUAUUUCAAGAGGAGGAAAGACAACACAAGCAAACAAACUUCUGCUUCAUCGGGUCUGAAGCAGAGACACAUGAUGUCAUUUCUGAUGUAUUUCUUUCUUUUUUGGGGAUGAAUGUUUCACUCUGGUAACGCGUAGAAAAAGGGUGACAACAAACUGAAUAACCUUAUGCAUAUUGAAAGGCAGUUGUUCGAAUAUCAGUCAAAUAUCUGCAUGCCUUUUGAACACUAGCACUUUAGUGCAUGUACAUACGAGCUCUAUAGUCAUUUGUGAUCACUCGGUUGUGACGGAAACUCCGACCGAGCUGUUGUUUUUGUUGUCACAUGAUUUGCAAAACAAGAAGAAUUUUUAAGUGAAUUAUUGUACCUACAGGCUGUCUUUGUACAGUUGUUACUAUUGAAUAUGAAUUACUUUUUCUUUUGUCAAGAAAAAUGAGAUUGUGGGGAUAAAAUAUGAAUGUUUUAAAUGAAAAUCUAUGUCAGAAAAGUCUAACGAGCUAUAGUCUUAUGUAAAUACUAAAUGGAAAUAAACAUGAAUGUGUAUUUACAAUA